GUCGACAGUGACACAAUUUGGAAUGAAGUCCACUCGUCCGGCGCUGCUCGCCUGGCUGUAGGCUGUGUUAUUGAGCUCGUUUUCAAAGUAGCCACGGGAGAAUUGAAGAAUGGAUUUGCUGUUGUUCGGCCUCCGGGGCACCACGCAGAAGAGAGCACACCCAUGGGUUUCUGCUAUUUUAACUCAGUGGCCAUAGCAGCCAAGCUGCUCCAGCAAAGGCUGAACGUCAGCAAAAUCCUUAUUGUGGACUGGGAUGUCCACCACGGGAAUGGUACUCAGCAAGCGUUCUACAAUGAUCCUAAUGUUCUUUAUAUUUCACUACAUCGCUAUGAUGAUGGGAACUUCUUUCCAGGCAGUGGUGCUCCCGACGAGGUUGGCACAGGAGCAGGAGUUGGUUUCAAUGUUAACAUGGCGUUUACUGGGGGCCUUGACCCACCCAUGGGAGACACAGAAUACUUAACUGCCUUCAGAACGGUGGUCAUGCCCAUUGCCAACGAAUUUGCCCCAGAUGUUGUGCUGGUGUCGUCUGGUUUCGAUGCAGUGGAAGGGCAUCCCACACCUCUCGGAGGAUACAAUCUCUCAGCAAAAUGCUUCGGGUACCUGACGAAGCAGCUGAUGGGCCUGGCCGGGGGUCGUGUAGUCCUGGCCCUUGAAGGUGGCCACGACCUGACUGCCAUCUGCGAUGCCUCGGAGGCAUGUGUGUCCGCUUUGCUGGGAAAUGAGCUUGAACCUCUUCCAGAGAAGGUUUUCCAGCAGAGAGCAAACUCUAAUGCUGUGCAUUCCAUGGAGAAAGUAAUCGAGAUACACAGCAAGUAUUGGCAUUCACUCCAGCGUUACGCCUCCACGGUGGGAUACUCCCUGGUUGAGGCUCAGAAGUGUGAGAAUGAGGAGGCAGAGACGGUAACGGCCAUGGCAUCUCUGUCAGUGGGCGUGAAGCCAGCUGAGAAGAGACCUGACGACGAACCCAUGGAAGAGGAACCUCCCCUGUAGCAUUCACCUUCGAGCUGGAGUUCUCCUGUUUGUUCGUCUUCGUCUUGAAGCUCUGCCAAGAAGCUUUCUCUCGUUACUCCUGUGUCCUGUCACGCUUAUUUCCAUAAUACGGAAGGACAACCAGGUGUAAAGCAAAGCAACCGACAAAACCAGUCUCUCCGUAUCUAUCUGAGUCUCUAUUUGCCGCAAACAAAAAAUGCUGGUGAAGAGCAGCAAAGGACUGACACGUUGGGCACUCUUCCUCUGGUCCUCACUGGGAGUGGAAAGAGGAACGACGCCCAGGAAGUCUUUGGCAGAGUUGCGAAACAAACAAAGAAAUCAAAGAUUCAACAACACGCGUGAAAAUAAAACAAACCUUAACGUAAAACUGGUGCUUACAAGUUGAUUACCCACAACUGAGCAAUCUCCACUUGAACCACUCGGCCCAUCGUGUAGUUUCAUUUCUUGGAUAUUUUGAAAUGGCUCUUGCCUGCGAGUCAGCGACACAUCUUGUCGGAACCAGAACUUCGGGAGAUGGUGUAUUUUUAAUGGGGAGGGACAGGGAACGAGGGACUCAUCUUAACAUCUGAAGGAAAGGGAAGGAGAAAGGGAGAAAUGGUAGCCCAGAUGGAGUCGGCUUUAUUGUCUCCAAAGCCAUCUGAAGAUGAGUUUGUGCCUUUUUUUUUAAUGAUGGAUUUGGUGCAGCUGGAUUUUCUGAAGUUUGAGGAACAAUGCCUUAAGUAAAAA